UUAAAGGAAAAUCAACAUGCCCACCUUGUGCAUUACAGAGUUGUCAAUUUUUAUAAUGGAUAUGUCUAAUUGGUCAUUUAUAUUUGCAGCCUUUACAAGUACACAUUACUACAUACAUUUAUCUCAAUGAGUCUCUGGAUUGAUAAACACCGUCCCUCUACUUUUUCAAAGUUGACCUAUCAUUUGGAACAGUCACAGAAUUUGAAAAGAUUGAUAAGCAGCGGAGAUUUUCCACAUAUGCUCAUCUAUGGGCCACCAGGUUCUGGAAAGAAAACCAGAAUUUCAUGCUUACUAAGAGAAUUGUAUGGUGCAAGUGUUGAGAAGUUGAAAUUAGAACAGCAAACAUUUUUAACUCCAUCAAAGAAGAAAAUUGAAAUAUCAACUAUUGGAAGUAAUUAUCACAUCGAAGUAAACCCAAGUGAUGCCGGCAUAAACGAUCGCGUUGUUAUACAAGAAUUAAUCAAAACAACAGCUCAAACACACCAGUUCGAUUCAUCUUCACAAAAAUCGUUUAAAGUUGUGGUGUUAAUGGAGACAGACAAACUGACAAAAGAUGCCCAGCAUGCUUUACGUAGAACAAUGGAAAAAUAUGUUGGAUCGUGCCGAAUAAUACUGUGUUGUAAUUCGACCAGUAAAGUGAUCCCUGCUAUUCGUAGCAGGUGUUUGGGUAUUCGUGUGGCUGCGCCUUCUAUUGAAGAGGUGAUUCAGGGAUUAAACAGUGUGUGCAAAAAAGAAGGGUUAAACCUACCAUCAGAGCUGGCGAAACGAAUAGCAGAAAAAUCGAAAGGAAACAUGCGAAGAGCGUUACUUAUGUGUGAAGCGUGUAGAGUGCAACAGUAUCCCUUCACACCAGAUCAAGUUAUUCAAGAAGCGGAUUGGGAAGUUUUUUUGAAACAAACAGCCUCGUUAAUUAUUGAGCAACAGACUCCAAAAAGGUUAUUAGAAGUCCGAAGUCGUUUAUAUGAGCUGCUCACUCAUUGUAUACCGCCUGAUAUUAUUAUCAAGGGCUUGUUAGCAGAACUUGUCAAAAACUGCGAUGGAAGUUUGAAAUCAGAAUUAACUCAACUAGCAGCGCACUAUGAACACAGGCUUCAACUUGGAACAAAAGCUAUAUAUCAUUUAGAAGCGUUUGUAGCAAAAUUCAUGAGUAUUUAUAAAAGGUUUUUCGAAGAGGGGAUGGCGGGGAUGUUUUGAAACAAGUAGAAAAAAUAUUAGAAUAAACCAGCCCAUGAGAGUUUAUUGGUAAUUUAUGUAUGUCCAUAAGGGUAAUUUACUGAUUCAAUAAGCUUUAGCUGACCAAUUGGGUCAUUUUACUAAAAAAAGAGCAAACCCUUUUUAUCGCUUGUAAGAUUUUGGUAGAUGUUUUGUUAAUAAAAAUUAGACAUAA